UUAUACGAAUAUUACUCGUAUAUCAUACAUUGUUGGUGGUUGCGCGCAGGGAGCUCUGUGUACGCGGGCAGCGCUGCGCGACUGUUCGUGGCACUGGACACGCACAAGUGCGGCGCCGUGUGGUGGGAGCAGCUGCUGGACCACAUGAUCGAGCGCAUCGGGCGCCGCGACCGUGAGCCCGCCGCCUGCCGCCCGCUCGACCCGCGCGUCGACGUGCACCACGCUGACCACUGCAAGAGGGAGACGAUCGUGAAGGUGGUGCCGAUCCCGGGCGCGUCCACCUUCUGCUACGCCGUGCUCUCCAAGUUCGGCCGCGUGGGCGUCUACGACGGCCGCCUGCGCCUCCGCGAGAGCUACGCGCUGUUCGGCGGCGACACCGGCCCCGGCCCCGGCCCC